UAUCAAAAGAAUAACAAUUUAACAAAAUGAAAUUCCUCAUUGUUUUCGUUGCCCUCUUCGCCGUAGCUUUGGCUGCUCCCCGUCCUGAAGAAGUUUCCAUCUUGAAAUCCGAUUCCGAAGUUGGACCCGAAUCCUUCCAACACUCUUUUGCUACCAGCGAUGGUACUCAAGCUGAAGCCCAAGGUCAUUUGGAAAAUGUUGGUACCGAUCAUGAAGCUAUCGUAGUCAAGGGCUCUUUCUCUUUCGUUGCUGAUGAUGGUCAAACCUACACCGUCAACUAUGUUGCUGAUGAAAACGGUUUCCAACCCCAAGGUGCUCAUUUGCCCGUUGCCCCUGAAGCUUAAGUUGCCUUAAUCUGAAUCUUUGUUAAAUUGUUAAAUGCUGCCUUAGUUCUUUAAGGAUAAUAAAUUGAAAAAAAUCGUUUUUUUUUAAUUCUAUUGAAA